UCACGGACAGCGAUGCAGCUUUACAUCUCUUCUCCAGUAGCAUGAUAACUCCACCAGAGGAGGAUUGUUCCACUGCGCAGCUGUGUCUGGGUGUGUAAGUGUGUGUGUGUGUGUGUGUUUGUGUGUUGGAGAGCCAGGAAGAGAGAAGAUGGUCCAUGCCUCCAUUUCUAAACCCAACAGCCAAGGAUUGCUAUGAGUGAAAGCUGACCAGAGUUCUGGUGGGGGGAAAAAUAAAAGAGGACCCUCCCUCACUUCACUGAAAGUCUCACAUAUCCAGGAUGGCCAGAGCAAAGCUGAAGAAGUCACCCUCUGACAGCAAUGCGCAUCAGAAAACCAUCCCCCCAUUGGCAACAACAGAGGAUGUGCCGGGGGUCAGCCCCCUGUUGCCUGCCCGGAGGCUGGGAUCCUUGGGGAGCGAAACUGGACACAGGCCACAAAAUGAAGAUUUCAGCAUGGAUUCAUCGCUCUCACAGGUUGAAGUGGAGUUUUACGUGAACGAAAACACAUUUAAAGAACGCCUAAAGCUAUUCUUCAUCAAAAACCAACGAUCAAGCCUGAGGAUACGUCUGUUCAACUUCUCACUCAAGCUUCUCACUUGCCUUCUUUAUAUUGUCCGUGUUCUGCUUGAUGAUCCAGGACGGAUAGGAUGCUGGGAAUGUGAGAAACACAACUACACUUCCUUCAAUCAGUCAUCACCAGAAAUCAACUGGGCCCCCAUUUUGUGGGUGGAUCGAAACAAGCCGCUGUGGGCCAUACAAGUCAGUGUGGCCAUCAUUAGCUUUCUUGAGACAAUGCUUCUGAUCUACCUCAGCUACAAGGGUAACAUUUGUGAGCAGAUCUUUCGUGUUUCCUUCAUCCUUGAAAUGAUCAACACGGUGCCCUUUAUUACCACAAUAUUUUGGCCACCUUUACGGAAUUUAUUUAUUCCCGUGUUCUUGAAUUGCUGGUUGGCGAAGUAUGCUUUGGAAAACAUGAUAAAUGACUUGCAUCGAGCAAUACAACGGACCCAGUCUGCCAUGUUCAACCAAGUGCUCAUUUUAAUUUGUACCCUGCUUUGUCUUGUUUUCACUGGAACCUGUGGCAUCCAGCAUUUAGAAAGAGCUGGAGAAAACCUCUCUCUCUUCAAGUCCUUUUAUUUUUGCAUCGUCACGUUCUCAACAGUCGGCUAUGGAGAUGUAACCCCCAAGAUCUGGCCUUCUCAGCUCCUGGUGGUGAUCAUGAUAUGUGUGGCCCUUGUGGUCUUGCCUCUGCAGUUUGAAGAGCUGGUGUACCUUUGGAUGGAACGGCAGAAGUCUGGAGGGAAUUACAGCCGCCAUCGGGCACAGACAGAGAAGCAUGUUGUGCUUUGCGUCAGCUCCCUCAAGAUAGACCUCCUCAUGGAUUUCCUCAAUGAGUUCUAUGCUCAUCCUAGGCUGCAGGAUUAUUAUGUGGUCAUCCUUUGCCCUACAGAAAUGGAUAUUCAGGUCCGCCGAGUGCUUCAGAUUCCCUUGUGGUCCCAGCGGGUGAUCUAUCUCCAGGGAUCUGCCCUGAAAGAUCAGGAUCUCAUGAGAGCAAAGAUGGACAAUGGAGAAGCUUGUUUCAUUCUGAGCAGCCGAAAUGAGGUGGACCGCACAGCUGCAGAUCAUCAAACAAUCCUAAGAGCUUGGGCAGUGAAAGAUUUUGCUCCUAAUUGUCCCCUCUACGUUCAGAUUUUGAAGCCGGAGAAUAAAUUUCACGUCAAGUUUGCAGAUCACGUGGUUUGCGAAGAAGAGUGCAAAUACGCCAUGCUGGCCCUGAACUGUGUCUGCCCAGCUACCUCCACACUUAUUACCCUUCUUGUCCACACUUCCAGAGGGCAGGAAGGCCAGGAAUCACCAGAGCAGUGGCAAAGAAUGUACGGGCGCUGCUCGGGCAAUGAGGUUUACCACAUCCGCAUGGGUGACAGCAAGUUUUUCAUGGAGUAUGAUGGAAAGAGCUUUACCUACGCGUCCUUCCAUGCUCACAAAAAGUACGGUGUUUGCUUGAUGGGUGUGAAAAGGGAGGAAAACAAGAGCAUCCUUCUCAACCCAGGACCACGUCACAUCAUGACUGCUUCUGAUACAUGCUUCUACAUCAACAUCACCAAGGAGGAGAACUCUGCCUUCAUAUUCAAGCAGGAAGAGAAGCAGAAGCAGAAACUCUUUUUAGGCAAAGGAAUCUAUGAUGGGCCAUCAAGGCUACCCGUCCAUAGCAUCAUUGCCAGCAUGGGCACAGUGGCCAUGGACCUGCAGAACACCGAAUGCCGCCCCAUCCACACCUCCAAGUUGACUUUGCCAGCUGAGAAUGGGUCUGGAAAAAGGAGGCCUAGCAUUGCCCCCGUUUUGGAGGUGGCCGACACUUCCUCUCUUUUACCAUGCGACAUGCUCAGCGACCAGUCCGAGGAUGAGGUGACUCAGUCAGAUGAUGACGGCCUGACCAUUACAGAGUAUGUGAAAGGGUAUCCUCCUAACUCACCUUAUAUUGGAAGUUCUCCUACCCUCUGCCACCUUUUGCCCGUCAAGGCACCAUUCUGUUGCUUGCGUCUGGACAAGGGCUGCAAGCACAACAGUUACGAAGACGCCAAGGCCUAUGGCUUUAAGAACAAGUUGAUCAUUGUGUCCGCUGAGACUGCAGGCAACGGCUUGUAUAAUUUUAUUGUCCCUCUCCGGGCGUAUUAUCGGUCACGGAAGGAGUUGAAUCCCAUCGUGCUGUUGCUGGACAACAAACCUGACCAUCACUUCUUGGAAGCCAUCUGUUGUUUUCCAAUGGUUUAUUAUAUGGAAGGUACAAUUGAUAACCUUGACAGCCUGCUGCAGUGUGGCAUUAUUUACGCCGAUAACUUGGUGGUGGUAGAUAAAGAAAGCACCAUGAGCGCAGAGGAAGAUUACAUGGCAGAUGCCAAGACUAUUGUCAACGUCCAGACCAUGUUCAGGCUUUUUCCAAGUUUGAGUAUCAUUACUGAAUUGACACAUCCAUCCAACAUGAGAUUUAUGCAAUUCCGGGCAAAGGACAGCUACUCAUUGGCCCUUUCCAAACUGGAGAAGAAAGAGCGAGAGAACGGUUCUAACUUGGCCUUCAUGUUCCGCCUCCCGUUUGCCGCCGGCCGAGUUUUCAGCAUCAGCAUGUUAGAUACGCUCCUUUACCAGUCCUUUGUGAAAGAUUAUAUGAUCACCAUCACAAGAUUACUGCUUGGUCUGGACACAACUCCUGGGUCUGGUUAUCUCUGUGCAAUGAAAAUCACAGAAGAUGAUCUCUGGAUCCGAUCCUACGGACGUCUCUUUCAGAAGCUAUGUUCUUCCAGCGCAGAGAUUCCCAUUGGCAUUUACAGAACCGAAUCCCACAUGUUUUCCACCACUGAUUCACAGAUUUCAAUCAAUGUGGAAGACUGCGAAGACAUCAAGGACCCCUGGAAUGCCAAACCACACCACCAUCACCGGAAUUCGUGUCCUGCUGACCAAACGGAGCACCCACUUCUCCGGAGGAAAAGCAUGCAGUGGGCCCGACGGCUGAGCCGAAAAGGUGCCAACAAGCAGGCAGCAAAAACAGCUGAGUGGAUCAACCAGCAAAGACUGAACCUCUACCGGCGAUCGGAAAGGCAGGAACUGUCUGAACUUGUGAAGAAUCGCAUGAAACACCUGGGCUUGCCCACAACAGGGUACGACGAAAUGAACGACCACCAAAAUACACUCUCCUACGUUCUCAUCAAUCCUCCUCCGGACACCCGGCUGGAACUCAACGAUAUAGUGUAUUUAAUACGGCCUGACCCCCUAGCACAUGUGGAAAAUGAAGGUCACAGUCGAAAGAGCAGCUGUAGUAAAAAUCCGAACCCUGAAACUCGAGAUGAGACACAGCUCUGAGCUGCUCCCUCUUCCUGCACGGAAUACAUCUCCUCCUUGUUCUUGCAUGGAACUACAUCACAAUUAUCAAUAAACUUAGAGGAGGGGGGAGAAGGGUUUUCCAGGGGACAUCCACUGUACUUUGUAUUGAGCAGGUUUAAAAGAUGGCUGUUCAGCUGGACCCUGGAUUCAGGAUCUGCAGAGCUGGUAUGAAUGACCCCAUUCCUGGUCUGGUUCUGGGUUCUUCUCCAGAAGGCCUCCAGGUGGCUGGAGGAGUUUAGAACAAAAGAUAACUCUGCUCCUCUCUUGAUGGAUGAUUCAUACGCCACUUGGUUUUAACCUUUUCUAUUGUUGUUUCAGAGAGAUUGUUGGGGUGGGGGAAAACAAUUAAAAAUGUACCACAACUUGUAGAAAUGUCUUCAUUGGCAUAAACCACAGGGGCUCGCAUGUGACUCCUGUGCCCUA